CUUAAUUUUCCAUAUCCAAAAGCAAGCGAAAUUUCGCGAUAACCGCCAAUAACACGACGUUGUUUGCAUCCGGAUCUGACCAACUCUAACUUCAUUAUCACCUGCUCCCCAAAUCCCCCUAUAUCUAUCUAUAUCUAUCUCCGAAAUAUCUUCCGUCUAUAUCGACUCGUUUCCGUCCCUAAAAAUUCAAGCAAGAUGAAUUCAUCUUCAAAAAGUCGCCGGAAAAUCCCAAACACGUCAACAGAAAACGGCGAUUCUGGCGACAAGCUCGAUCAACUUCUGUUAUCCUCCGCCAUCACCAACGGCGAAGACUUAUCUCCGUUUAUCCGGAAAACCUUCGCUACAGGUAAACCAGAAACCUUACUUCAUCACUUGCGUCAUUUCUGUAGAUCUAAAGAAUCUGAAAUAGAAGAAGUAUGUAAAAUUCAUUAUCAGGAUUUUAUCAUGGCCGUAGAUGAUCUCAGAUCACUUUUAUCUGGUGUAGAGUUGCUUAAAUCUAGUAUAUCCAAUUCUAAUCAACAGUUACAGUCUGUUGCUGUUCCGUUACUUACGUCGCUUGAUUCGUUUAUUGAAUCUAGAAAUAAGUGUCAAAAUAUAUCCCUAGCGAUCGAUUCAUUGCGAAUUUGUGUUAGUUUGAUGGAGUUAUGUAAACGUGUGAAUUUUCAUUUGUCGAAUAAUAACUUUUAUAUGGCGUUGAAAUGUAUUGAUUCAAUUGAGAGAGAUUAUAUUAGUAAGACGCCUUCGUCUACACUUAGAAGAAUGUUGGAGAAGAAUAUACCGGCAAUCAGAGCGUAUGUUGAACGGAGGAUUGCUAAGGAGUUUGGUGAUUGGUUAGUUGAGAUCCGUACGGUUAGUCGGAACUUAGGACAAGUUGCGAUUGGACAAGCGUCGGCUGGUCGCCAGAGAGAGGAAGAGUUAAGGAUCAGGCAACGGCAAGCUGAGGAACAGAGUAGGCUUAGUGUGAGAGAUACGGUUUAUGCACUUGAAGAAGAGGAUGAUGAUGGUUACUCUGUUGGUGAUGUAGGGAAUGAUGUGUAUGGUAAUGGCGGUAGUGUUAAUAAUGGUAAUGGCGGUUUAGGUUUCGAUCUUACCCCGUUGUAUAGAUCUUAUCAUAUUCAUCAGACUUUAGGGCUUGAGGACGGGUUUAAGAAGUAUUAUUUUGAGAACCGGAAGCUUCAGUUGACGUCGGAUUUUCAGGUUUCGUCUAUGACACCGUUUCUGGAAUCUCAUCAGACGUUUUUUGCUCAGAUUGCCGGGUUUUUUAUUGUUGAAGAUCGGGUUUUGAGGACUGGUGGUGGAUUGAUCAAUAAAAUGGAAGUAGAAAAUUUGUGGGAUACUGCUGUUAGUAAAAUGUGUUCUGUGUUAGAAGACCAGUUUUCAAGGAUGAGAACAGCUAAUCAUUUGUUGUUGAUCAAGGAUUAUGUGAGUUUGCUUGGUGUUACACUGAGAAGGUAUGGGUACUCGGUUGAUGCUUUGCUUGAUGUGUUGAAUAAGCAUAGGGAUAAGUAUCAUGAGUUAUUGCUAUCUGAUUGUCGUAAACAAAUUGCUGAAGCUCUUGCUGCAGAUAAAUUUGAGCAGAUGUGGAUGAAUAAGGAGUAUGAGUAUUCCAUGAACGUGCUUUCGUUCCAGAUACAGACUUCUGAUAUUGUGCCAGCGUUUCCUUAUAUUGCCCCAUUUUCGUCCACCGUGCCUGAUUGUUGUCGAAUAGUGAGGUCUUUUAUUGAGGAUUCAGUUAGUUUCAUGUCUCAUGGUGGACAGCUUGAUUUUUAUGAUGUCGUGAAGAAGUACUUGGACCGGCUUUUGACUGAAGUCCUGGAUGAUGCCCUUUUAAAGCUUAUUGGCACCUCAAUCAGUGGGGUCAAUCAAGCAAUGGUUGUUGCAGCUAAUAUGGCUGUUCUUGAACGAGCUUGUGAUUUCUUUUUUCGUCAUGCUGCAAAGCUUUCUGGGAUCCCCUUAAGGAUGGUGGAAAGGAGCAGGCGGAAGUUCCCCUUGACCAAAGCUCGCGAUGCAGCCGAAGAAAUGCUCUGUAGCUUGCUUAAGAAGAAGGUUGAUGGCUUUAUGACGUUGAUUGAGAACGUGAAUUGGAUGACUGAUGAGCCGCCUCAGACAGAAAAUGAAUAUGUGAAUGAAGUGAUUAUAUUUUUAGAAACUCUUCUUUCUACCGCACAGCAGAUAUUACCUGGUGAGGUCCUUAAACGGGUGUUGCAAGAUGUUCUUGCUCACAUUUCUGAAACAAUUGUUAACUUCUUAGUUAGUGAAUCCGUGAAAAGGUUCAGUUUGAAUGCUGUAAUGGGAAUUGAUGUGGAUGUCAAGUUGUUAGAAUCAUUUGCUGAAAACCAAGCUUCUCUUGUAUCCGAAGAAGAGGCUGUUCAGUUGAAAAAAGCACUUGUUGAGGCGAGGCAGUUAGUUAAUUUGCUACUCAGCAAUAACCCAGAGAACUUUUUGAAUCCAGUAAUCAGGGAGAGAAGUUACAAUGCUCUGGAUUACAGAAAAGUAGGAAUUAUUUCAGAGAAACUAAAGGAUCCUACUGAGCGGCUGUUUGGAACUUUUGGAUCAAGGGGAGCGAAGCAAAAUCCAAAGAAAAAAUCCCUAGACUCUUUAAUCAAGAGGCUUAAGGAUGUGAACUGACACCUUCAAGACUUGGUUGCUUCCAGAUUCCAGGUGUUGUUUACUUGUAUUGAGCUGAAGAAAUUGGACAAAAGGCAUGUUUAAAGCUGGUGUUGGUGUCGUUGAACAUACAGUUGAUGCUUGAUCAAUUCAAGAAUACCUCGUAGUUGUCGUGUUUGUGUAAUUCAUGUUGAUUAAUUUUGUUUUUUUUUUUUUCUUUUUGGACAUCACCACCGUGGCUCCACUAUGAGAUGCGGUGAUAUGAGAUUGUAUAUAAAAUUAAAUAACCAUCUGUGUAAAAUUCUUUAUUCUUAUAUGCAUCAAGUGAUUUUCGAUUA